AUGGCAUCAGUCUUUCCAACCUCAAAUCCGGACUGGAAUAACCUUUCAGUCAUUCAUCGCAACACUCUACCUCCCCGAAGUCACUUCUUUCUCUAUCCUGACAGCGAGAAAGCAUUGACUCGCGAUGUCUCCCAGGCCAAGGCUCAGCUACUCUCUGGCGAAUGGAAGUUCAACCUAUCCAAGUCGCCUCUUAUAGGUCCGGUUGGCUUUCAGGACUUCGAUUCCUUCGAGGACCCAGACUGGAACCCCAUUCUGGUCCCAGGCAUGUGGCAGCUCCAAGGCUUCGGAAAAGGUCCCCAUUAUACCAACUUCAACUACCCAUUUCCGGUGAACGUUCCGCAUGUCCCCAUUGAUGAGAACGAAUGCGGCCGCUACGUGACAUACUUCCAACUCGCCCCCGAGGAUAAAGACCAUCAGCUACGACUUCGCUUUGAAGGUGUCGACUCGGCUUUUACAGUUUGGUUGAAUGGCAAGGAUGUGGGUUACUCCCAAGGGUCACGGAACCCAUCCGAAUUUGAUAUCACCGAAUACGUCAAUCUCGAAGGAGACAAUAUCCUUGCUGUCGAGGUCUACCAGCGAUGUGACGGUACCUACAUCGAGGACCAGGACCAGUGGUGGCUGAGCGGCAUCUUUCGCGAUGUCUGGAUACACAAGUUUCCUCAAAAGUCCCACUUCGAGGACAUCAAGGUCUUGCCCACACUUGAUGACGAGUACAAGCAUGCAAAACUUCGUGUCACUGUUGACCUCAGUACCCCAGAAAAAAUCGUUUUGAAGCUGCUGGAUCCAGCUGGGAGCGAAGUCAUUCAGGGAACCGUGUCUGGACAGCAGUCCACUGUUGUCGAGUUCAACGUUGACGAACCGUUGAAGUGGACCGCCGAAAUGCCGAACCUCUACACUUUGGUACUGAGCUUGCCAGAUUGUGCUCUGACUGAGAGAGUAGGCUUCCGUCGCGUUGAACUCGUUAAGGGCGUCUUCUCCGUCAACGGAAAUCCUAUCAAGUUGAGAGGCGUCAAUCGGCAUGAACAUCAUCCUGAUUUUGGACGCGCCGUACCCUACGAGUGGCUCAAGACAGACUUGUUGCUGAUGAAACAGCACAACAUCAACGCUAUUCGGACGUCUCACUACAUCAAUGACCCUCGGCUCUACGAGUUGGCGGACGAACUCGGCCUAUGGAUCCUGGAUGAAGCCGAUCUCGAGUGCCAUGGCAUCUUUAUCGUCGGAGGUGAUGGUAACAAGAUGCUCUCCGGCAACCCGGACUGGGAGGAGGCGUACCUUGAUCGCGCACGCCAGAUGGUCAUGCGUGACUACAACCAUCCGUCCAUCAUCAUCUGGUCACUUGGCAACGAGUCCGGGUAUGGCAGCAACCAUAGAGCCAUGUACGACUACAUCAAAAGCGUCGACACCAGUCGUCCUAUUCACUAUGAAGGUGACUGGAACGCGCAUUCGGCGGACAUCUUCAGCAGAAUGUAUUCAUCGGUUGACGACAUGGAAGGUUACGCAAAGCAGGAAAAUUGGGGCAAACCUUUUGUCUUAUGCGAGUUUGCCCAUGCCAUGGGUAACGGUCCGGGUGCUCUUAAAGAGUACAUUGAGCUUUUCUACAAGUGGCCUAGACUCAUGGGAGGUUUUGUGUGGGAAUGGGCGAAUCACGGCCUGAGAACCAAGAACGUAGAUGGAGAAGAGUACAUGGCCUACGGCGGUGACUUUGGAGAUGAGCCCAAUAACGGUAACUUCGCCUUGGACGGCCUCUGCUUCUCCAACCAUACUCCUACCCCUGGACUGCUGGAGUACAAGAAGGCCAUCGAGCCUGUCCAGACACUCAAGCUUGAAAACGGUAAUCAAGUCCGAAUCAUCAACCGAUACGACUUUGUCACUCUAGACCAUCUCAAGUGCUUCUAUUACUAUUCAGACGAUAUGCUCGACUGGGUUGAGAAACGGGAGGUUAAGGUCCCCAAAAGAGUCAAGCCGCACGAACAAGCGCUAAUCACCAUCUCUGACCUCCUCGGCGCCGAAAACCUCAAGGCCGCCGGCCGCCACGACUGCCACCUAACCCUUGAAUUCUCCCUCGCCUCUGCAACCGCCUGGGCAGAAGCCGGCCACAUCGUCGCCACCGGCCAACUCCCACUCACACCCCCCACCAACCCCUUCGCCAACCUUGAGCCCGCCAGCGACAUCCACUUCGACCUCCUCUCACCCAACCUCCUCUCCAUCAUCAGCUCUAACAACACCUACGAAUUCGACCUCUCCAUCGGCGCCCUAACAAGCUGGAAACGUGGCUCCCCUUCGUCAGGGGCAAUCAACAUCCUCACCACCCCGCUUACCCUCUGCCUCUACCGCCCGCAAACCGACAACGAUCACGGCUGCGACUUUGGUCGUAACUGGACCUCUAGUCACUUAAACCUGGCCAAAAACCACGUCCUCUCUACAUGCUGGGACCCUUCUCCCGCCUCCGGCUCUCCGCCCACAGUAACGGUUAAAGCCCGUUUCGCCCCGCCCGUACUCAACUGGGCGCUCGAGACCACAACCAUCUACUCCUUUCUCGAAGAUGGCAAGAUCAACAUCAAAAUGCACGGUAAACCCAUCGGCAACUGGCUUCCCCGCGCCUGGGCACGAUUAGGGUUAGAAGUAGGUUUGCGGGACGUACGCUCUGCUUCAUGGACCGGUCGCGGGCCGGGGGAAUCGUACCGCGACAAGAAGGAAUCGCAACUUAUUGGUUCCUACACCAAGACCAUCGAUGAGUUAUGGACUGAUUACGAGUUCCCGCAGGAGGAGGGGAACAGGACGGAUGUGAGAGCUGUGGAGUUUCGGACGGAAAGGGAGUGGGAGUUGCUGCUGGGGGCGAUGUUUGUUAAGCCCAAUGGCAAUAAUACCAGUUUCCAGGCGAGUAGGUAUACGGUGCAGGAUGUAGAAGCGGCGAAACAUCCUUUUGAGUUGUAUAAGAAGAGGAGGGAGGAUACGGUGGUGCAUUUGGAUUGGAUGCAUCAUGGCCUUGGAACGGGGAGUUGUGGGCCGCCGACGAGGCCGGAGUAUACGCUUUGGGCGGAUAGGGAGUACGAGGUUGAGAUUGUGCUUUAUUGA